AUGAAAGCUUCAAAGAUCUUUCAUUUCUUUAGAUUUUUAUUAUUAUAUAAUUUGUUUAAAACAAAUUCUAUUGAAUCGGCGGAGCGAGAACAUUCAUUAGAAUUAUCGGUACGUAGGUAUGGCAAUUUUCCUGAGUCAUUAAAUCGUUAUUCUUAUGAAAUCUUUGAAGAUCUAGAAUCAAUUUCUGAUAUGAUAAAAAAACAUGUCUUAGAAGUAUUUGAUGAAUUUGAUGAAGAGGAGAAAGCAAGUAAAUUACAAGAUUUAGUAGGUUUAGCACGCUAUAUUAAGGAUUAUAUAUUAUCAAUUACUGGAAAUUGUACUUUGGAUCUUUUAGGUUAUAUAUUAACUCUUGUUACUUUUGAAUUAGAAAAGAGAUAUAUAGAAACAUCAAACAUAAUGCAAUUGUGGGAGAAGGAAUGGAAGUAUAAGUGUAUUAUUCAAAAAGAAUAUAUGGAGGAAAUAAAUCGUAGCAGGUGGUGUAUGAUGCUAAAUGAAAUGAAAUUUAGGUUUAAUAGUUCUAUACUUGAAAAUAUGGAUAAUGUCUACAAGGAGCGUGCAUGGAUUGAAUGGUAUAAUAUAAUGAAAUAUUAUUAUAUGCUAAAUAGAAGAUAUUUCGUUGGAUUAUUCAUUGAAGAAUUAAGAGGAAUAAUUCCUCUUAAUAGUUGUAUAAACUAUUUUAGCAGUCAUAAUUCAAAUUGGAAAAGUGAAAGAUUUUUUUAUUAUAAUUUUUUUGAUAAUUAUUUAAGGAAAGUAAAUAGAGAUUGGUUACAAUUUAAUAAUGAAAAACACAGGAAAGAAAGAAGAGGAGAUUUAUCAUUAGGGGAAGUAAGAUUAUUACAAAACUUAGAAGACGUAAAUAUUUCAGAAGGAAACGGAAAAGAUUUUCCAAUUGAUGAGUCGAAAAAACUAGAAGAAAAAAAAAAAGAAGAACAAAUUCAAAGGCAAAAUCUAGAACAUAUGAGAGGGAAAGUGGAAGAACUAACAUUAUCUGAUAAUAGUGAACAUAAGAAAGAACAAUCAUUGGAACAUAUGGCUGAGAAUCUAGAAGAAAAAACGGAAAAACAAAUAGAAGAACAAACAUUAGUGAAAGCAAUAGAUGAACUUAGAGAAAAAGUGAUGAUGAAUAUUAAAGAAGAAGGAAUAAAAGAAGUGAAAGAAAAUGAAUACAAUCUUAUAUUAGGAAGAAUACAAAAUAAAUUAAAAAAACAAACAAAAAAAGAAACUAAAAAUGUAAUAGGAGAAAAAAUAGAAAUGACAAAAGAUGAAAUGCAAGAUGAAAUAGAAGAAAAAAUUCCAGCACAAACUGAAGAAUUAGUUGAAAAAACAGCAUCAAUAAGUACACAGAAGGAUGUAGAACGAAGAAAACCACCUUCUAUAGAUCAAAUAACAGAUAAAAUAGCGUGCAACUUUAUGGAUAGUGUAUCAGAACAUAUGAUAGGGCAAGCUACGGAAGAAAUAAUAAAGCAUUCACAAGGAAAAGCAGAUGAGCAAAUAAUAGAAACCACUAUAAGAAAGAUUUCAAGACUAAUAACCAAUAAAAUAAUGGAAAAAAUAUCGUUAUGCACAUUUAAAGAAGAGAAAAAAGCAAUAUCAGAAGAAAUUUCAAGAGAAGAACCAAAGAAAUUAUCAACAGAAAAAUCAGAAACAUUUCCAAGAAAUAUACAGGGAACUGUUCCAGUAGAAAUACAAGAUUCAAUUCCAUAUGAAAUAUUAGGAGCAAAACCAAAAAAAAGGCACACAAGAAUACAAAGUGAAAUACAAGGAGAAAUUCCAGGAUGCACAUCAGAAAUGAAACCAGGGGUAAUAAUGCAGGAUAUAACACAGGAAGUGAUAUCUGGUACCUUAUUUGGAGGAAUACCUGGAAUGAUAACAGGUUCAAUACCAGGUGCUAUGUCAGGAGCAAUUUCAGAUGCUAUGUCAGGAACACUACCAGGUGCUAUGUCAGGAGCAAUAUCAGAUGCUAUGUCAGGAACAAUACCAGGUGCUAUGUCAGGAACAAUACCAGAUGCUAUGUCAGGAACAAUACCAGGUGCUAUGUCAGGAGCAAUAUCAGAUGCUAUGUCAGGAACAAUACCAGAUGCUAUGUCAGGAACAAUACCAGGUGCUAUGUCAGGAACAAUACCAGGUGCUAUGUCAGGAACAAUACCAGGUGCUAUGUCAGGGACAAUACCAGGUGCUAUGUCAGUAACAAUGUCAGAUGCUAUGUCAGGAACAAUACCAGGUAGAAUGCCAGGUUUCAUAUCAAUAGAAUUGCCAGGUAUCAUGACAAUUACGGUACCUAGUUUCGGGCAAAAUGAAAUGUCUUAUGGAAUGACGGGAAUGGUUCAAGGAUCCAUGGAAGAUGGAAUAUCUUAUGACAUGAUGGAAAGCACACAGAAUUUUACACCAGGUGAAAUGCCACAUGAAUUGACAGGAACUAUAUAUAAAGAAAUACCAGAAAUGAUAUCAGGUAAUGUAUCAGAAAUAAAACAAGGAUCAAUAAAUACUUCAACAUGUCAAGAAACUCCAAUAAUGAUCUCAUCACGUCCGUCUACACAGCUAAUAUUAAGAGCACCAAAAUUCACUACAGUUGAAUCAACACCAGCAGACACAUAUGGACCAAGAAUAUAUGAAAGAGCAGAAUCAACAUUAACACCAAGUGAAGAAUCAGAACAAAUAUUAACACCAAGUGAAGAAUCAGAACAAAUAUCAACACCAAGUGAAGAAUCAGGACAAAUAUUAGAAGAAACAUCGUUGUCCUCAUCAAAUGAGACAUUUCUAUCAGAAGAAACAGAAAAACCAUUAUCAACAUUAACAAAAGUAUCAAAAUCAAAUGAAGAAUUAGGAUCACUUUCAAAACCAGAAGUUUUUAAACUUAGAAGAUCAAAGAGUAUGUAA